UUGCAGCAUCAGUUCGUUUGUAAUACUAGUGAAGAGAUUUAUCAGUUUUAUAAUUCAACUCUAGUAAAAGAAGAAGGAAAAAAGCUCCCAACAAUCAUGAAGAGCAUUUUAGUAUUUUUUGUUGUCUUAGCAGUUGCUUAUGCAGGAACAAUUCAAAGGACACAAAGAGACGCACCUCAACCUGCUCAAGAGACAUCUGCCUUUGAAAAUCUAGUAGCUUCAUUCCAAAAUAUUGGGGAAAAUGUUAAAACAUCAAUUGACAAAGCUGCUGCUGAGUUCACAGAAAAGAAUCCAGAAGUACAGAAGCUGUUAGACAGCGCAAAAAGUUCCAUCCAAAAGGGCAUUGAAGAUUUCAAUAAACAAUUCCCCGAUGCACAAGAAAAAAUCAAUGAACUCCAAGCUAAAGGCCAAGAAGUUCUCUCAGUUGUAAGAAAGGAAGCUGAAAAAACAUACCAAAAUGUUAGCGAUCAAUUGAAAACAGUCAUUGAAACUAAAAAUUAAUAUGCAAAUUAAAUAAAUAAAUAAACGAAAAUGACAUUUUUGUAAAAGAGAACAGACACAGUCGAUAAAAUGUACUUGUCAAAAAUUUAAAUGUACUUUGAUUUAAAGAAAAAAAAACUUCACAAUUUCUUGAUUUUCUAUUUAUAAAGUGCAUUUUAGACUGUAAAAAAUUUUUUCCAAAAGGAUUAUUUUAU